AUGCCAGUCGAUUAUGCAGCUCGCCGGUCGGCGAAGCUUGCUGCCCAGCAGGCGAGCCUGCCGCCCGAGGAACGAAUCGUCAACAGGGACGACUGGGAGGACGCCAUCCAAAAGCGGGUGUCGGUCCUAACCAGACAGGCAAGAGUCAACUCGAGAAACGCGUUCGUAGACACCGCCAUCGACCCCGCUGUUGGCAUCUGUCAAACCCGCGACGAGGCAGAGGCAUUCUUCCGGCCUGGUGGGACGCGCUUCACCUGCAAGAUACUCAGAAUCUUCCUGGAGGCGUCUGCGCUUUCCCGCGAUGGUCGCAUCGACGAGGUGGUUGCCGCUCGCACUCUGAGGUCGCUCGUGGCCAACCUGUUCGAAGCCGCCAAGGUCGCCGGCAACGAUAUCGACCGCGACGUCAAGAAUGACACCAUGCUGUUCAUCGAGGGUUCCCUGAUUCCAAGGGGCCUAGCUCACACGACGGCUCGGGUGAAGCCAACGCCGAUCCCUCGAGACAUCACCACCUUCCUGAAGAACCUCUUCGACCGCAGGUUUAUGGCGCCGCUCCCGUCCACCCGCGAUGUCCUGUUGAUUGCCCUGUUCGUCUGCCUCUCAAUCGAUUGCUCAACCCGACUGAGCGAGCUCGUGAUGCCCAGCCUGUCGACCAAGAACACUGCCGCCUACAAGACCCAACACAAGGACAAGCUCUUCACAUGGAGCUGCGUCGAGAUGUUCGCAUUCAAGGACGAGGGGCACCAGAAUGUCUACAUGCAAGCUCGAAUAACCUUCAAAGACCUGAAGAAACCGUUUGGGUUAGGCCCCAAUCUCACAAAGACAAUCCCCCUGAGGCUUUUGCCGCCUGAGUAUGCUGCCGAGGACUCGCUUUUCUGGUUGGUGAUUCUCGCCUUAAUCGACGACGUUUUUGUCAGCGUGUCAUCAUGGUCCGACAUCAACCGACUGCGGCCGGGGCCCAACGGUAUGAAGAUCCACAUCAAGGGGAGCAUGAUGCAGGUUCCGGUCUUUCGGAUUGCAAACCGGCCGCAGUCAAAGAACUGGAGAGUCAAGGAUGCCCUGCUCAUCAGCCCAGAACCUAUGGACUCGACCAUGAUCCGCGUUCACCUUCGCAGCCUCAGUCGUUUCUGUGGCCUCGAGCACGCCAUACUCCCCAGCGUCCUCCGCCGCGGGGCUGCCUACCAGCUUGCCCUCGCUGUCUCAAGCGAGGAGCGAUGUGCGCGUAUGGGUCAUUCAGGUGACGAUCCUUCAUACUGGCGAUAUUACCGAAACCGGACGUCGACGGUCGACUUCCAGGCCCGGCGUCAUGGAAUCGAGGAACGGGAUGUCGAGAUGAUGUCAAGCAUGUUCUUGGACAAAGGCUACGGUCGACCACCCCCGGUGCGAGUCUCGGUAGAGGGCAUGUCUGAGGUCUACCGAGAUCCCGAACUGCUUGCCCUCCUCGCUGAGCAGUCUGCCUUCGCGGAUGGGCUCAUCUUGCAGCACGGCUCCUUGGAGGCCGCCCGAACCAUCGACCCGGACGGCUGGAAGACGUACCAGCAGCUCCGCAACAGGCAUAGCAAUAAACUCAACUAUCUUUCUCAGAAGAAGUUUGACGCCGAGUACAAGGCCUACUGGGAGACGCGCGGGUGUGUCGACUCGGAUGCGGCACAGCAACCCAUACCCAAGGUCGGCCGGAGCGAGGUCGAUCUCCUACUGGACGACCAAGAUGCCAUGGUCGUCGACGCUGCUGCCCCCUCCGAGGAGGAGAUCAGGGAGGAAGCCGAGGCGAGAGAUGCAUUGUCGGAGCUCGCUGCCUCACUCGACGCCAUCGAGGUCGACGACGGAUUGGACGUCGUCCAAGAAACUCCAGCAGCAGGCGCGCCUUCGUCCGCCGGGUCGACUGGCUGGUUCGGCACCCGCGAGGUUGCGAGGUACAGUCUUGUCGACGAGGUGGCCAAGCACCUGUACGAACAGCCGCAGGACGCCACAUGGGAGUCGUUGGCCGACUACUUCGUCACCGCGUUCAACCACCUCCAUUCGGCUGACAGGUUCUUCCCCGGCCAGGAGCCUCUCCCCGGCACAUUUGACUGUCGUUUCUGUGGCCUCUACCUGCACAGUGCCCCCGGUGGAAUCAGGAAUGCCCAAAAGCAUGCCUGGAACUGUGAGGCAGAGCGUCUCGCAAGACACGUCCUAGACCAGCUGCGCGCGGGUGAUGCCACGGCUCUUUCGGUCUGUCCCAUGCUCUGCGUCAGUGUGAAGGAUGACACGACCCUCGUCUCCUGCAAGUCCAAGUCGCAGACAUCCCAAACAUUCAGCCAGCACCUCGCAAAGAAGCACUGCACGUCGACACACUUCGCGUGCCUGAAUCACACCCCCGUCGUCGCCACGGACAGUAUCGCAGACAUGCGCAUACACGCCGUUGCGGCUCACCAUGCACCAACGAGUAUACUGGCAUCCAACACACCCAAGGGCGAGCUUUCGAUCCCCAGGACAGAGGAGCUCGAGCAUGUCCACAUCGGCAGUCACAUGGGCGACGCCGUCGAGAUCGUCGCUGCACGCGGAAUGACCGGCCUCUGGAUGAACAUGCGUUGGGUUCACCCGUGCUUCUGUCCCUUCUGUCUCUACGAUCUUACGCUCGACUAUGCCGCACGGUUGCGUUCCUUGGCCCAGCCGCAUACGCUACUCGGUCACAUCAAGAUGCACUUGAAUAAGCUGAGCGGUACGAUGCCUUGCCCAGCUUCGACGUCGACUCUUGAGGGUUUACCUCAGUGCCCGGAAUCGAAAAGUCUCACCUCGGCAGAGAUGGCCAUUCAUCUACGAAGCGCCCACGGGUUUGACAUCGAAGUGUCUGGAGAAGACGAUUUGGACGACGUCCAACCAAAGAGGAACGGAGACGAUCAGCCGAAGAACAAGAGGGCCAAGACUGGCAGUCGUUCCCCGCUCUCAGAAAUGGAUGGCAAUCGGCAGACAGGGUACAAUCACAGCGGCGAGAAUUGA